AUGUCACCUUCAAGCAUAACCCGUAUAUCUACACCUCUAAUGUCACGUCAUACAUUUUCAAUUGCUCAAGCAUCGUUAAUGUCGGAUGAGGAUAACAUUAUUCGUAAUCAUCUAUUACUUUCACCUCACUCAACGAUAAAAGAAUUGUGUACGCCUCGCGAUGUACCGCGGCCACCAUUAGAUGUUCUGAAUCGUUCGCCAUUAGGCAAUUGCUCUCCAUCUCUAGCGAAAUACUGUCGUGGAUCUCGUACUUCUACAUCGACAUCGACAUCGACAUCGACCACAGCGUUGCCCGACAUAUUUCUAACAUCGCGGAAUAAUAGCAAUUUUUUACAUCCGACAAUGGUAUCUGUACCAGCAGCUAACUCUGUACUGGGAUCAACAUCAAAAUCUCCGUCUUCAUGCACCUCACCUCUACUAACGGUGAAUGGUACAUCAAAUGUAACUCGUAAUAAAGCAAUCAUAAUUCAACAUCUCACGCCGGGUGCAUUUGCUGUUAAAAGACGAUUAAAAACAACACCUAGUCAAAAACGACAGCAACAAAGGUAA